CCAAAUUCAGACCUCGGUUUCCUUGUUUAAGGGUUCGAAGCGAGAGGGAGGCUUUCACUCGCCUUUUUUUCCUUCCCAUCACCAUAAUGAACGACAAUUUCCCCCCUCCACCUUAUACAGCAAGGCACUUUGACCGUCAGGCGUCUGAGCUUAGGGCUCCAGCCUACAGGCGUGCCCAUAUGCGUCGCUUUCACCCAUAUCCUAGGUACAGUCCUCCACUCGUCGUCGUCGUCCUCCUACCGCGCCAAGAUUCCGAACUGAUUCCCUCAGUGGCUGCAGCUGCUAUGGUACGCGAAGAUGAGACUCGAGAGAAAAAGUUUGAAGGUGGCAGAAGUUGGAAAUGGGUGCCCAUUGUCCUUAUUGUUUUUGCUGUUCUCUCGCACAUUUUGGAACGCGCCAAUCUCCUCUGAGUUGACGCAUUUAUACUAUCACCCCUAUCAUAAGUGUGUUUCUAUCUUCCCCGUUGGCGUCUCACUAAUAUUUCCAUCAUAGAUCAUCACAUCAGUUACACUUUCGCUCCGUAUUUCUUGCUGCCACUGGCCAAAAAGUACAUAUCGCUAUUUCUACCAUCUGUACACUCACAACCAAAUCUCAAACAGUAAAAAGUGUAUCACAAUCCUUAUCAUUGUAUAUAUAUCUUGUCCCCAACCUAGCGCUAUAACAAUGACAGGAUCAUCAU